AUGUCGUCUCAACUCGAUAAAGCUCUGUUGGAUCUCUCGUUGGAGGAAGAAGAAGAUGUUCCGUUUCUACUACCAGAUACGCCGGAGUAUUGUUCGGCCGGAAGGAACUCGCUGAGUCUGGUUGGAAGAUUGCUUAAUCCGUCCUACCAAAAGAUGUCUGAUCUCAUACUGGAUAUGCCUAGGAAAUGGCAACUCUAUGAUAGAGUCAGAGGUGUUGCGCUCUCAAGAGAAAGAUUCCAGUUCAUAUUCAAGUAUGAACAUGACCUACUGGAUAUCCUAAAUAGGGGAGUUCAUACUUUCAAGCUCUGGCCUUUGGUGAUGGAGAGAUGGGUUGAAAAGCCCCCUGAAGAUUAUCUGCAACACAUAAUGGUUUGGGUCCAGAUGAGAAACAUACCAGUUAAUCACUACACCAAGAAGGCGCUCUGGGCUCUGGGAGAUUUUGCAGGCCAAGUGGUGGAGGUAGCUUUCGACCCGGAGAAACCGCAGGUCAAGGACUACAUUAGAGUGUUGGUCAAGUUCAAUGUUGCAAGACCUCUAAGGAGGUUUAAAACUGUUACUACUCCUGGAGGAGAGGAAAUCAAGAUCAGGUAUGACUAUGAAAGGCUUCAGAAAAGGUGCUACACUUGUCAAAGACUUACUCAUGAGCGAGACGAUUGUCCCUUCUUCCUCAAGAAAAAGGAGGACCUUGAAAAUGCUGGAGCAUCGUCUGCUGAGAGUAAGAAGCUGGAGGCCUUGGAACGCUUAGAUGAAAAUGAUCCCUUAUGUGGAAUCAUUCCGGAGACUCUGCUUGGGAGGGAUGCAGUCUCAGGCAAACCGAAGAUUAAUGAAGAUGUGAUGGAAGGGAUGAGAACAUACUUAGCCGUAGUGGAGGGUCCUGAAAGAGAGGCUCGAGUUGAACGGGUAAAGAAAUCCCUUCUGGAUCUGGAGAAUGACCCCAUUGGAAGAAAAACUGCGCUUAUGCUGGAACCAGAACCAAGAAUCACAAAGGAUCUAGACAAAGGAAAGGGUGUGGUUUUCGAUUUCAGUAAGCAAAGCAAGGGCCCAAUCUCUACAGAUAAGUUGAUGGCGUCAGCUAUCACAGCAGGUGCUUGUAUCCUACAAUCGGGGAAAGUGGUGACUGCAAUGCUGGAACCAGAUGAUCUCACUAGCUCUACCUUCUCUCUUAUCUCACAGAAAAGUUCUACGGGUUUCACUACUGGUUUCUUUGAAACUAGUAUGUCCGGGACUAAUCUGAAGAAGGGUAGAGCUAGAAAAAGACCUGGAACUUUCAAGAGGAGAAACAAUGGCAAAGCAGUCCUAAAAGAAGAUAAGGAUACAUGCAAGAAGAUUGGUGAAGGUGUGAUGACCAUUUCGAAGAGGAAGGCAAAAGAUGAUGUCGAGCCAUCUCAAAGCUCUGCAAGGUUUAAGAAACCAUUGGUGGUCCCAAGUGAGGGACCGUCCAAUAUCUAA